AUGAUAGGUCUGAACCCCGUUCCUCCCGGGCCGGCAAAAGAUGAGCUCAGCUGCUCAGAGCUCCAUUAUGGUUCUCCCUGGCACCUUCGCGACAUGGACCCUCUCGUUGACCUCCUCGAAGUAGAGAUUCAGCAAGGCCUCGAGUCGAACGUGACCAUGCUGUCCACACUGACGCCCGUUCCGGACUCGCACACACAUGGCCGCGUGCUUGUUCUCGACCUGGGUGGGUCCACGUUCCGAUUGUGCAUUUUGCAGCUUUUUGGCGAAGGCCAGUACGAGAUACUGUGCUCGCGAGAAUGGCAGCUGGAGAACAGGCAGAUAGACGUCUCGUUCUUCCAGGGCCUGGUGGACCGCGUGUGCACGGCCACUAUUGACCGCUACUUUCCUCACACCGUCACCGUCGGCCUCUCAAUCUGCUUUCCGUUCAAACAGACGAGCUCUAACGACGCGUAUCUGGAGGUUGUGGGUAAGGGUUUUAUUUUGGCAGACGAAAUCCGGGGAAAAAAUAUAGCGCUGCUGCUGCUGCAGCAGCUGGAGACGGCGACGCGAAAGCAGGUCUGCGUGAAGGCGGUGAUCAACGACGCCGUCUCUGUGUAUGUUGCUGGCGCGUACUUGUAUGAGUGUCGAUUGGGGCUUGUUUUGGGCACAGGACUGAACGCGGCAGCCGGCUACCAAAGCCGUGUGCUGAACACUGAGAUGUCCUGUUUUGGCAGCAGCCUGGCAGAGCUGCUCACGCCGUGGGACCUCAAAAUGCAGCCGGCGUACUGCGAAAGCAGAAAGUCGCACCUGCAACUGCCGCUUUUCCAGCCGAUGGAGUACUUGUGCUCUGGCCGCUACAUAGGAGAGCUCUUCCGGAUAGGCGUGCUCGACCUGGCGCAGCGCGGGCAAGUGUUCACUGGACAGCGGGUUUUGCUCGGGAACGCGUACGAGCUGACGGGCGAGACGAUUUGUCAGAUCUACGAGGGCAGCAGCGACGAAAUCACCCGGAUCUUUGCCAAAUACAACGUUGCGGUGACAGAGCGGGACCGUGCUGUUUUGCGCAGCGUAAUCCGGAGCUUGAUUUGCCGCGCGGCAGCGGCCCUCGCGAGCUGGCUGGUGGCGUUCUGCAGGGCACAGACACCCAGAGCGCACGGCACGGUGCGCAUCGGCUACAUAGGCUCGUUUCUGGAGCACUUCGCGUACUACAGGGAGCAGAUACAGCUCUUUUUGGACGCGUACGCCGCCAAGCAUUCUGGGCCCCAUUUUGACCUUCGUCUCAUACCGCACAGCACAGCGCUGGGAGCUGCCAUUUCGGCAUGCCAAAAAAGUUAA